CAGGUCUGAACCUAGCUCCACAGCAAUCACAGCAGGAUACUCUUGCCAGCUCAUCGUCCAUCGGCCAGGCUGGCUCCGUAUCUGCCGCCCAAGGCCCAGCAUUGACCGGCAACAACUCCUCGCGUUGGUUGCACCCUUCCGCCUCUUGUUCGAGAUACUGACAGAAGUUACGCAGUCCUAGGUUAUAAUGAUUGGAACUUGGGUUCUCAUUUUCAAGACAUGCACAGCCUCCAUCCAUCAUACAUGUUCAACACUUCAGAAGUCCACAACGAGUAUAACUUACUCAGUGAUUUUCUCAACAACAGUCUGAUGGACGAUGGCGGGCUUUAUAGGGGGGACGAUAUCCAUGGGAUCUUCUCCGAUCCGUCUUUGACGAAUACUAUGGGUCAGAUGACAGCAAGUUCCGUAAUGCCGCCUCCGAAUGCAACCCAUGCCCAGCAACAAUAUGCAUCUUCCCAGGCGCCCACGAACAUUUCACCUUCUCGUCAGCAAGGUGGGCUGUCGCCAGACAAAGCACGCGAGAAGUAUUACAUGACAGCUGCCGACCCGUCGGGAACCGACGCACCCGAGAAGCGAAUGCAAAACCUGCUACAGGCCAAAUACGAUGCCGGUCUCUUGAAACCCUUCAACUAUGUCAAGGGCUACGAUAGACUGAAUAACUAUAUGAAACACCAUCUACAACCGCACAACAGGCAGAGGAUCUUAAGACAGCUUGACAAGUUCCGACCGCAGUUCCGAGAUCGGAUGCAGAUACUUACCGAUCUGGAGCUCAUAAGAGUGGAGAUGUGGUUCGAGCGGAGCCUGAUGGAUUAUGACAGGGUCUUUGCCAGUAUGGCCAUCCCGGCUUGUUCUUGGCGAAGGACUGGGGAGAUUUUCCGAGGAAACGAAGAGAUGGCAGACCUUAUUCAUGUGCCUAUCGAAAGCCUCAGAGAUGGCAAGCUUGCAAUCCACGAAAUUAUCGUUGAGGACUCUCUAGCCAAUUACUGGGAAAAGUUUGGCUCUAUAGCCUUCGACCAGAGCCAAAAGGCCAUAUUAACAUCGUGCUCCUUAAAAAAUCCCGACCCAAACUCCCAUGAUCCAGAAAUACGAUGUUGUUUCUCGUUUACGAUACGUCGGGAUCAACAUGCAAUACCAUCGCUGAUCGUUGGUAACUUUCUUCCUAUAGCGGCUCCAGACUCUUCAUAGCUCACUCAUAUUACAUAUUGAGUAUAUUCCUUCAUCCUUUGGUUGUGGUAAUAGUGUCUGUUUUAACUGUGCACUAUAACGGAUCCUUUGCGCACAUCGCGCAAAUUCAAGCCAUGCGCAGCGAGCACCCAGUAGGUCAUAUUUUCUCUAUGAGGUCGAUGUCAGAAGCAACGACUGUGAUUUCCCCGAUGGUAAAGUCACUGUCAUCCUUUCUAUCUCCUAAUUGUCUAUGUUGGUG